UGAGCAUUGUCUCUUCCUUCGUUCUCAUCUGCACUGCUCCAGCUCCUCCACUGCAAGUGUCAAGAGAGAGAGUGUGUGUGUGUGAGUGAAUUUCGAAACCCCAACCUCUCUUUCUCUCUCUUCCACCAAGUGACACAGUCGGUGGGCUUAUACAUACAUACAUACAGGGACCCCAACGGGUCUUUCCCUUUUAGUUUUAUCUGCUUCGCCUCGUGACUCCCUUUCUCUCUGUUACUGAAUUUAACACUGCUCAGCUUUCAUACACUUCAAUCCCAUUUUAUUGGCCACCUUUCCCUUAUUCACAGUACUACUACUUCCUUAUUCAACAGACACCAAUUCCAGUUUCUCUUUUCAGGUUUCGGAAUCAAUCAAUGCCGUGUUUUUAGAUACCUGCCUGCUUUAGCUACCCUACGAACAACCUUUUCACAUAAUUGGUAAUAGUCAUAAAAUAGCAAGUCCCAGAUUUUUAUUUUACACGAUUCUCCUCUGGAGCGUUCUAUUUCUUGCUUCUACUCUCUGUCUAUUAUAUUCCCAACCCUCUUGGCCUUUUCUUCAUUUCCCCAUUUUUUAUUUAUAAAAAAGGCAAUAACUUUUGUUGCUUGUACUUUCUGGGUUUAGGGUUUUGCACCCCCUUUAACAAAAACACAGAAGUGACAAGCCUAUGUUCAAGUUCAACUCCAUGCCUCUCCAAUUCUGAACAAUCUAAAUUCCCGAUUAUAUACAAUGUCUUCUUCGUGUUUGAGUGGAGCCGGGGGAAGAACCUAUGGAUUCGAUUUCGAAUUCGUUAAAUCUCCAUCUUCAUCUACUUUCACAUCGCACACAUCUUCUUCACCUUCCUCAACAAUCUCCGAAUCGAGCAAUUCGCCGCUAGCAAUCUCAACUAAGAAACCCAGAACACCGCGGAAGCGACCCAACCAAACCUACAACGAAGCCGCGGCGCUUCUCUCCACCGCGUACCCGAAUUUGUUCUCCACGAAGAACCUCAAGACGCAGGGCAAAGGCAAAUUCUCGAGGCCCACAUCGGAGAAUUUCGAUUACGAGUCUUCGGAGCCGUUAUUGCCGUUCAGAGUCUUCGACGGAACGGCGUCGUGUUUUCUUUUGGACCAAACGGGCCCGAAGCCCAUCAUGGAGAGGCCCAAAGUGGUGAGCGUGCAGGAGAAGGAGAAUAAUAAUAACAAGGCGUGUGAGAGCCCCGGCGAGAUAAGCUCCAUCGUGAAUUUCAAUUCAGUUGAAUUGAACGAUGACGGAGAAGAGAGCCUCGACGCGGAAUCGAUUCUCGAUGAGGAAAUCGAAGAAGGGAUCGAUAGCAUCAUGGGGAGCAGUAUCCAAGAGGUCUCAAACGACGCCGUUAGUAACUUGCCCUGGAUUAUGCCUUUUGACGGGAAAUUGGAGUUCCCGAGACCCCGUGUUAGGGCUCUCCGCCACGUCGACGACGGAAACUGGUGGAAUUUUCCGGCCGUCGAUAUUCUUUCAAUAUCGCCCAAAAUUAACACCAAGCCUCCGCCCGUGGCCGCCGAGAAGAAGAUGAAGAAGAAGAAGAAGGUGGCCACGCCGGCGGAGAAAACGGUCGUCGUGGAGUUGAAGAACGCGGAAUUGCCCAAACCGAAACAGGGUUUGAUGUUGAAAUUGAAUUACGACGACGUUCGGAACGCUUGGUCUGACCGCGGAACACCGUUCUCCGACGACAGUCCCCUAGCCGACGUGCCGGAAAAUGACGUCACUGCGCGGCUGUCGCAAAUUGAUUUGUUGUGGGACAAUGGAGGAGUGAGAGAAGCUAGCGUGCUGCGCUACAAGGAGAAGCGGCGAACGCGCCUCUUCUCGAAGAAGAUCAGGUACCAGGUCAGGAAAGUCAACGCAGAUCGACGGCCCAGAAUGAAGGGACGAUUUGUUAGGAGGCUCAAUUCUAGCGCAAAUGCACACAGAUGAUAGUAUGUAGGAGCAGUAAAACACAUGCUUUUUGGGACUCUACUUUUAAAAUAGAAAAUAUAAAUAAAAGGAAAAGAGAGUUUAUCUAUAUUUUUUGUAACCUUUACUUUUUGGGUUCUUCUUCCUUCCUUCCUUCACUAGAAGAUAUGGGCGAAAUUGCUGGAUGAGAUAAGCAACGAACUAGUCCAAGCAAAUUACCUAAGAUUCUAUUGCACUUGAUUCUCUUCUUCGCGUUAUGGCUUCAGGGAGAUUCUUCGUCCCCAUGUGGUC